AUGGUAGUUCGUGUUAAUACGACGGACGGAGUUUUACCGCCAGGGUUCUUGUCUAACGAUAUCCCACAGCAAUUGUACGAUAUUGAAAUGUGCGUCACGAACCUGAAGGAAGUGCCUGAUGACCUUGACACCAAGUGGCUGCCAGGAUCGUGCGUUGUCAUCGAGCAUAGCCAACUACGCAAUGUACCAGCAUCGCUGCUUCGCCUCAUGCCAAGUUACGUGUCCCUGAUGGGCAAUCCUAUUAGCACACUGCCGCCUGAGAUUUUUGAGAUCGAAGGACUGACUGACCUGGGUAUUGGAGGCACUGACAUCCGUGAGCUUCCUCGCGAUGUAACCCGGCUGUCGUCAACUCUCACCACGAUCUACAUGUCUGACACAGACAUUUCCUACUUUUGGCCAUGGGUAGAAGACCUGACUCAGCGCCAACCCAUUCUAGCUGGAGGGUCCUUAUACUGCCACGACUUGGAAAGAAUAGCAAAUGGCUCAACUGAUUCCUUUAGCAUCUCUUCAUCGCCAGACUAUUCAGUAGAGUUGAUGGACCCAGCCAACGCUGUUGCUGGCGGUUCAACAUGGUCGGCCGUGGAUUGCAGUGCCCCAAUCAGUGGCAUCACGGGGCCGUUAUACCCGCUUGUUGAUGAAGAUAACCACAACGCCAUUAACUAUCCUUUAUAG